AUGCGUAACCAGGGCUCAAUCGCAGUCCUCCCCACUGCCGAGCGGAGCCAGCAUUGCCAGGAUCAUGAGUCCAUUCGCAGCAUGGGAUGCCAACGACCAACGCGCGUUCCACUACUAUCGCAACUGUUCUGCCACGUCACUGUUCACGCAGGCUACUUCGACUUUCUGGGCUCGUAUCGUGCCAGCUCUGUGUUUCGAGGAACCGGCCGCUUUGAGGUCACUGCACAGUGGCCGACGCCGAGCGCCCCGCAUGAGGGGAACGCCUCUGUUACCGUACAUGCUCCACAUGUCUGCUCUCAUUUGCAUCGAAUUUAUGCUCGGCGAUAUGAGCGCCGCAUGGUGCACAUUAUCCAGGGACGGGCCAUACUAGCCAAGCUGGCGGAGGAUCCACACGAAGCACAAGGGCCCGCGGCGGACCUGAUCCGGAGAGAGCUCGUUCCUGUGUACACCCGGCUCAGCGUCGCUUCUUUCGUUUUCGGGGCCAAGCCUGUACCGAUCCCAACCGAGUUGAGGCCACAGCGGCCAGCAAACAUUGUGUUUGACCGUCUUGAGGAUGCCGAGCUCAGCCUACAUGAGAUCAUCGAUGACGGUCUUCGGUUUGCCAAGGAUGCCAAAGCAUGGGUAUUCACUGCUGAUCCGACAAGUCUAAGCUGGGCCGCAGAAGUCAAAGCGUGGCGGGCACGCAGCGCCGACUUGACAAGACGAUCAGAUCAGUGGCAGGUGGCGUUUGCCGUCUUGAUAGCUGCGCGGGGCGGAGGCUCAGCAGGCGCUGCAAGAAUGUGCCGCCUCUAUUACCUGACCUUGACAGUGUAUCUCGGCACGGCACUCGCUCGCCUCGAGUGUUCGUUCGAUGAGCACAUGACUACUUUUGCUUCGAUAGUGGACGUCGCGGGAGAGAUCUUGCAGGAUGAGGAGGCAAGAGGAGCAGCAGCUCCGGACGGCGAUGGGGCUCGGUUCAGCUUUGAAUCUGGCAUCGUGCCACCCUUGUAUUAUACUGCAGUCAAGUGUCGGCAUCCAAUAUUGAGGCGGGCCGCAAUCCGGCUGCUUCGAAGGAAGGGUGCCUUGGAUUGCAAAGAAAACCUGUGGGAUGCCAGGCUAGUUGCGAGGAUCGCUAUGCGAAUCGUAGAGCUGGAGGAGACGAGGGCCCUCGACAUACUGGGCAAGGACGUGCCAGAGCCUCCGGACAGCAGACAUGCGAAGGCAUACAUCCCGGCCAGGGACAAGAUUCAGAAGUUCCUGAAGAACAUACCUGGGAAUCGACCGCCGAGUAUCCCUCACGAGGAGGCAGGGUGGAUCUUCGAGGCCGAAGCGGCCGGUCCAGUUCCUGAAGGGGAUGUGGUGGAUGUACUGGGACUACCGGAUAACGAUGAUGCGAGGAGUUCGCCGUUCCAUGUUCCCGAAGCGGCACGUGUCAUGAAUGCCGACAUUAGUCCUAGAGUGAGCGGGGGCUCCUGGGUCACAUUCUGGGUCGUGCCGCAGAUGGAAGGUGAGCUGCGCUGGGAUGUGAUUCGAGAGUUUGUUGCGAGGGGAACACAAGAGUCGCCAAUCUUAAACCGAGUGUGA